AUGAAUAGAUUGGUUGCACCCGCACUAGCCACCGUCUGCGGUAUUGCUACUGCAGUCGCAGCAUUCCAACCAGAGCUGCAGAAGCAAGCAGCAGAAAGAGAAGGAAAGAACGUACAACAAUUCCAGCAACAACACGGUGGCGCCAUUCCACCAACAAAGGCCGACCACGAGACUCCAGACAUAAACAAUAACAAGUCCAUUGGAGCAGAAGUGAAGCAACACCUUCAAGACGCAAAAGACGAAGCCAAGUCAACGAUACAACAUGCACAACAGACAGCAAAGACAGAAGUAGCGCCAAAGAAGGCUUGGUGGGGUCUUGGUAUAUUUGGAGCCAGUCAAGGAGGCGAGGAAAGUCCAAGAGAGAAUGGCAAGACAAAUUAA